AAUUACGAUACAAACGACGUGGCACUACAUUUCCCAUGUGUCACUGCAACAAACUUGCUGCAUGAAAACCGCUCCCCCUGUUGGGUUGAUCGAGUGUUUCAAUGAAAAAGCCCAAGUCUUUCAGCUAGCCGCGGCAGACAGGCAGGCGAGCAUAAAAUACGCGUGGAUGGGCGAAGGGAUUUCUGACUAGUUUAUACCAGAAGACAAGCACAUUGUGAGGACGAUUUCGGACAUCCACCAAGCUCCGAAAAGCAAGAUUCUUUUUUGGGAUUUAUACCCUUUUCUCCCUGUUCAAUUAAACUAUGGAAUGCUAACGUUACAUUUGCUUGCGCGAAAUCUGCUGGUUCUAAUCAAGCACGCUUACGGAAUUUCCCGAUCUCUGUUCCUGUACAGUGCAGAAUGCGCCCUGGUUUCUGAUUGUCUUAUUUCACCCCAGCAAUGAUCCCCGAGCAGCAAAAUCAUGUUGUUGCUACUAUCGAAAACAUUCCUGCUGAAACUAUCACAGCAUCGCCAACAGUGCUGCAAAGGAUAAAGAAAGUAUUUAACAGGGAGCUGUUGCUGUCUCUGGCACUGGGCCAGGUGCUGUCACUGCUAAUUUGUGGCAUUGGGCUGACGAGCAAGUAUUUGGCAGACGAUUUCCAAGCCAACACUCCCGUCUUUCAAAGUUUUCUUAACUACAUCCUCCUGUUCCUGGUGUACACCACCACAUUAGCAGUAAGACAAGGAGAAGAAAAUUUACUGGCAAUACUGAAGAGGAGAUGGUGGAAGUACAUGAUCCUUGGGUUAAUAGAUAUAGAAGCCAAUUACCUGGUAAUCAAAGCUUACCAGUACACCACACUGACAAGUGUGCAGCUCUUAGACUGUUUUGUUAUCCCAGUGGUGCUAUUACUGUCCUGGUUCUUCCUGCUGGUGAGGUACAAGGCUGUACACUUCAUUGGCGUUGGAGUAUGCCUGCUGGGGAUGGGCUGCAUGGUGGGAGCAGAUGUGCUAGUGGGAAGACAGCAGGGCUUAGGGGAUCAUAAGCUCCUGGGGGACCUGCUAGUGCUAGCUGGAGCCACGCUGUAUGGCAUCUCCAAUGUCUGUGAGGAGUUCAUUGUAAAGAACCUCAGCCGGGUAGAGUUUCUUGGAAUGAUCGGCCUCUUUGGGUCCUUUUUCAGUGGUAUACAACUAGCUAUAAUGGAACAUAAGGAAUUGUUAAAGGUACCAUGGGACUGGCAAAUAGGGUUGCUGUAUAUUGGGUUCAGUGCCUGUAUGUUUGGUCUGUACAGUUUCAUGCCAGUGGUCAUCAAAAGAACCAGCGCCACAGCUGUCAACCUCUCCCUCUUGACAGCAGACCUUUACAGCCUCUUCUGUGGUUUGUUCCUGUUCCAGUACAAGUUUUCAGGACUCUACUUGCUAUCUUUUUUUAUCAUCAUCCUGGGGCUGGUCCUGUACUCCUCCUCUUCCACCUACGUGGCCCAGGACCCUCGUGUCUACAAGCAGUUCCGCAAUCCCUCAGGGCCAACGACAGACACCCCCACCACUGGGCCUCUGGAGCCAUCUGUCACAUACACCAGCCUGGGCCAGGAGACUGAGGAGGAGCCACGGGUCAGAGUGGCCUGAGCAGGGCAGGGGCUGGGGCAGGGGUAGGAAGAGGGGGCAGCACGGGGUCACUGCCAUCAUCCAUGGCCCCACCCUCACUGUCUGUAGAGAAAGAAAUUCACUGGAUGAAAAAAGCAAAACGUAGCAGAAAAACAAAAGUACACUGUGAUCACAAACUGUGAAAAGUUACUGGUGACAUAUGAACAUUUUUUAAAAUAUAUAUGUAUAAGCUCUUGACAUUUUUAUGAUAUAUAGAAGCAUUUGCUGUGGGUGUCCAAAUGCUUAAUUUUGUGUGUGUGCUGUAUAUAUAAACAUAACAUUCAUAAUUUUUGGUUAGGUACUUUGUCAGGGCUUAGAGACAAAAUCUGUAGGAUGUGCUGUUUAACGUGUCGAAUCAUCAAAAAUUCAAGUUUGCUUAUUCUUAGACUUUGUUAUGGAGGUACACAUGAACACAGUUCCAAAAUUUGCUGACUUAUAAUAAGAAUUAAUAUUACAUCAUUUGUGCAGAGCCAGUAUUCAUUGUUAAUAACUAUUUGAUAUCUUAGCAGCAGAAAAAUGUUAUCAUAUUCCAUUUAUAUGUAGAAAUGGCAUAUUGGUUUUCUUGGUGAUAUCUGUUAAUUUCUGAUAGUUCUAUACAGUGGGUCUAGACUUGCUCAUUUUCAAUAUAUUUUGCCAAAUUAGAUCAAAUUGUAGAUUAAAUUAAGAAAUUCAUUUCUUGAAAAAAAUGUUUUAGUGCUUUUUCUUCAUUAUAACCUUGUUUUAAUUCAGAAUUCUAAUUGAAAACAAAAUGUUACCUCAUGAUUAUGUAAGGUCAAACCCAAUAUCCAAUAUCAAAAAAGACAUUCAAAUGUCUUGAUAUAACUUUAAAAUGAUGCUUCUCAUAUGCGUAUUACUGAGUUUAAAAAUAUAAAGUGUGGAUGUUUUGGAAAUGGUUAUUCAGUGUUGACAUUUAUUUUUUGUCUCCUUCAGUAAAUACAAAAUUCUGCCCUAACCCUAACCCUCACAACAUGAUUGACAUUGUCUGCGUGAGACAGACAUGUCCAUUUUCUAGCUUUUUAAAAGCUAUUUGAUUAAUCAGUGAAAACCUUACAAUUAGGUGCAUUUUCCAAAACCAUACAAGUGUUCCUGAAGAACCAGUAGAAUCUCAGAUGCAACUGUAAAAUGUACUUUAAAGGGUCAGAGAAAUAUUUUCAUACUCUUUUCUCCUUUGAAAAAUCCGCUUUGAAAAUGGGCCAGCCUGAGUUUCUCUUUGAAGAGUCCACUACUGCAAAUACAGGGUAUAUUUGAAUUUUAUGUAUGUGUUUGCAUACAUAUAGUUCUCACCUUGUCCUACUUUGUAGAAAGGUUGUGUAGUUUUAGCUUACAUAGAAAAGGGGUAGUCUUUACAUAGAAAAGGAUCCACUGAAGUCGGCUCAGUGACUACAUGGAUAUUUCCUUCAUCUAGUAAUUCCCAAUAAAUAUAACCUGGAGCCUUACUGAGCCAAUGGAGCAUUGCUGAGACAUCUUGUUCAGCAGAGCAUCUCUUGAGGGAGGCAAAGAUGAUGCCUAUUUUACUCAGAUUGACAGUGUGAAUUGUAUGGACACCUUUCUCAGCAUUUUAUAAGACAACAGUUCCCGGUCAUGCAGUGUUCCUGUGGGAUGAGUGCAGCUCUGCCCGUUGAUCCCAGGCUCCUUGCACACACAGCACACCUCAGGCUCAGGUCCUCAGGCUCAGCAGAGUCUCACCUGCUGUCGAGGUUCAGAGGGACGUGAUGUCACUCACUCGGCGCACUGAGCCCUGCUACACUUGGGAAAGAAUAAAUGCAAGGAUAAUGACAUUUAUUGUCUAACAGAAGGCAUUUUUAGUUGCUUAUUUAAAAAUGUAUAUAGACAACAGUAUUAAAAAAGCACGAGAAUACAAAUAAAUGGAGGUUUAAGACAAACUGUUAGAGGUCACUGGGGCAUUCAUUUCAGGAUGUUAAAAUCCUUUUACAGUAUGUCUUUGAAGUUGUCUUCCCUUUUGCACAUGAUGGUAUACCAAUGGGUUAUCUAGAGAACUGCACUUUGGACAUUUUUUACCUCCUGAAGAUGUUGCAUGGUAUUCAAAGAAUGACAGGGACAAGGUUACAUAUUUCUUAUUCUCCUCAGACUAUAUCCAAGGAUCCCAUGCCACAGGUGCAGAACUAGAACGAUAUCUUCAGACUCAAAAAUAAGACCUUAUCACCUUUCUUCUGUCUUCUUUUUUAAAGUGUUAAUUUUAGAGUUUGAAUCUGUCUCAGAAACCUAUUAAUGAUUUGUUCAUUUAAAUUAGUGAAGUUGUAAAGAUGGAACUUGAAUGCAACAGUAGCAGAAACAAAACAAAAAGCAGUUAUGGCCACAGUCUGAUAUAAAAAUAUAAAAAAGAUCACUUGUGAAAACCAAAGGCAGCACUAAGUCUCCAGAUGAGCUGCACCAAGCCAGUUCUCUUUCUUUCCUUAUAGUGAAAUUCCUUUCUCUAAAUUCAGUGGGGGCUUUAUGUUUUUCAAACCAUGACCUGAAGAUAACCAUGGCUGUGUUCCAUUAUUGUAUUCUUCAAUAAUACGUGGUGUAUACAUUUCUUGUAUUUAUAUUUUGUAGUGCCCUUUGUUUUGUUUGGUUAUAUUUUUAUCCCUAGCAAAUAUUUAGUCACAAAUUACAACUUUAUGGCUAUUUCCUUAAACUACAAUUUCUAUAUAUUUCUUUAAAAUACAAUAGUUACUAACAAGUUAAAAGCUACUGAUAGUUUACAUGUGCCAUUUGAAAUAUUUUUUUUAACAAAAUAUGAAUCCAAAUGCCUUGUGUGUAAGGCAUUUGUUAUAAAGGUUAAGAUAUAAUUUUUGAAGCAGCCAUUCCUGUUUUUGCACACUGAGUUAAUGUUCUCCAGAAGCACACUGCAUACUGAACGUUUAGGUAUUUUAUUGGUUUCCAAAAAGGAAAACAUAUUGCUGAGGAUUUUUUCUUCAUCAUAACUAUUGUGAGACCCACAGAUAAAGUACAGUACAUGCCCUUGAAACAGUGAACUAGAAUGACGCAAAAAGAGAGAGAUAGCAUCAUUCGAUGAAGGUAUAGAUUAAUAAUACAUAGCAGAAACACUACUGAAAACCGUGCAACCGUCUACUGCAGUAUUUAAAAAACUGACUUAGCUGGAUGUGAAAGUAAGUCUCAAAUAGAUUACAGAAGCUUAGUGAUCAUUUCAAAGUUACUCAAUAAUAAAAAAAAUGUAAAAAGAUCUGAAAUGUUGUACUUUAUUCUAAUUUUAAAUCAUAAAUUUGAUAAGGUCACAACCAUCAAGACGUAUGGGAAAACUGCUUGAAUGCUACAGUAACACACUUCAGACAAUUUUUAAGCUCUGGUAUGAGCAGUUGACUGUAAGGCUUAUUAGAGAUUUUUUAAAGAGCAUAAUAACAACAAAUGCUCUUAUUUUGACUUCAGAAUUCUUAAAACUCUGAUGAUAUUGGAUCUCUUAUAUUCAAAGACCCAGCUAAUAACUCAACCAUAUAAUUCUACACCAUCAUGUACUGAUACCAAAAUUCUGCAGUCUUUGGUAAAGUUGCAAGUAAAUUUUGAUUAUGUUUUAUAUUUUUUAUCAUAGCAUCUUGUAUAUGCAUUUCAAAUUAAAUUUCACUAGGAGUCUCAUACUAAUAAAAAAUAUUACAAGAGUGCAGUUUUUCAUGAAUCCGUUGUGAAUGCAUCUUUUCAAAACCAUACAUGCCUGUGUCUUUAUUUAAAAAAAGACUUUAAAAAACUGAAACUUUGUAGGCAGGUGCACUAUAUGUUCUAAAAUUAAAUUCAUCUGUCCAGUUCUUCCACAGCCAAUUGUCUUGGGCAAGGGUUGCUUGCUAUAUUGUUUCCAGAAAUAAAGCAAGAUGAUUUGACAUUCACUUCAUUAUGACCAAUAGAAAAUGAAUGUGUUUAACUUCGGAAGUUAGGAAAACGGUUUUUGGUAUGUUAAACAGGCUAUUGUGUUCAACAAAUACACAGUACAGUAUUGUGCAAAUGUUUGAAUCUGUUUUGGUUUUAUAAAAUUGAUCUGAAAUUUUCCAACACAAUAAUAAUCCAAAACAUUGUCAAUAGGUUUUAAAGGCGUUUAGAAAUCAACUAGAAAGCAUAUGGGCUAAAAAGGUUUGAUUCAGACCAAGAACAUAUGGAAUUGCUCAAUUAGAUAAAAAUAAUGGGAAUUCAGUGAACCCAAGCAAGUAAAAUGUUUUAAUGGCACUUAGUGUAAAAUGUGCUGUGCAGUUCUCCAGUCAGACACUGGAAAUAGUGAAGCAAAGAUAUAAAAUGUUCAUCAAAUUGUUAAUGACUUAUUUCGCAAUGUUUUCACAGAUUUGGUGUUAAAGUGAUUUAUGUAGCAUUUAUUAAAAAUAGCAUGAUAACACUAAUUGGUUAAGAAACCUUUGUGUCAUUUUUGCACAGUACUGUAUAGUAUGAGGUAUACAGUACAAAGAGAUGUGCAUCACAUAUCUUAGAAAGAUAACUCUCCAUUGUGUACUGUAUGUAGACUUUGAUUUUAAGAAACUAAAACCUCAUGCUGGUGUAAACUGUAAGACUGUACAUUCCAGCUAAAUAAAGAAAAAUAAUGGAGAAUGAAGCUCAACCAGUAUUUUGUUUUUUUAAAAGCGCAUUUGCCUAUAUAAAAGACAGCAUUUCAGUUUUUGCACCACUAUAGUUUUAAAAGAGAUGUUGUCUAGUGUAACUUAAACUUAUUGUGCUAUUAACAUUUAGACAAAUUUGUGCAUCUUAUUUUGUUAUUUAACCAUCGAGGAAUGUUCAGAAAUAGUUAUGUUUACAUGCUGUACCCCAUGGGUAAUUCUCUUUUGUUAAGAAAUCCUUAUAGAGCACACGUAACUCAAGAUUUCAAAUGGAAAAAGAAAACCAAAAUCUGCACAGUUUCUGUGAAAAAAAUAUACUUUUUUUAUAUUUGCAUGCUCUUAAUGGAUUGGCUGUGGUAAUGUUAAACCUGUAUGAUGUUUUCAAAUAAAUGCUUUCUGAAACUAAA